ACACGCAAAUCCCGCUGAUUUGUUUUCAUUUACUUGUAUUCGGUUGCUCCCGGCAUCAGCAGAGAUUUUCGAGCAUGUUUGACGUGGAACCCAUUAUUGCCGACCACAAGGACGUUAUACACGAUGUGGUCUUUGACUACUACGGCCGCCGGAUGGCCACUUGCUCCAGCGAUCAGACAGUAAAGAUCUGGGAUGAGGACGGCCAGGGAAAAUGGAGCGUCACCAGCAGCUGGAAGGCUCACUCCGGCUCCAUUUGGCGCGUGUCCUGGGCGCAUCCGGAAUUUGGCCAGGUGGUGGCCACCUGCUCGUUCGAUCGCACCGCCUCCGUGUGGGAGGAGGUGAUUGGCGACAAGGUCUCCGCCAGCAAUACGCCCACUCGUCGCUGGGUGCGCCGCACCACCCUGGUGGACUCGCGGACCAGCGUCACGGAUGUGGAGUUUGCGCCGAAGUACUUGGGUCUCCUGCUGGCCACCGCCUCCGCCGACGGCAUAAUCCGCAUCUACGAGGCCCCGGACAUUAUGAACCUCUCGCAGUGGCCCGUGCAGCACGAGAUCGCCAACAAGCUGCCGCUGAGCUGUUUGUCCUGGAACACGUCCACCUAUAUGGUCACCCAGCUGCUGGCGGCGGGCAGCGACGAGGCGGCCACGCCCACCGGCAAAGUCUUCUUGUUUGCCUACAGCGAAAAUGCCCGAAAGUGCGUGAAAAUAGAGACUGUCAAUGACAUAACCGACCCGGUCACGGAUGUGGCCUUCGCUCCCAAUGCCGGUCGGACCUUCCACAUGCUGGCCGUGGCCAGCAAGGAUCUCUACAUCGUAAACCUGCGAGGCGUGACGGACGCCACUGGUGUUUCCAAGCUAGACAUCCAAACUAUCAAAUUCAGCGAGCACAUGUGUCCCGUGUGGCGCGUCUGCUGGAAUAUGCUGGCCACCAUGCUGAUCUCCACGGGCGACGACGGCUGCGUGCGUCUGUGGCGAAUGAACUACAACCGGCAGUGGCGCUGUGCCGCCGUCCUGAAGGCGGAGGGCAGUGGGCCCAGCUACGAGCCAGCCCCGCCCACCCCGACGCUGGCCACCACCGCCUCGGCCACGGCCAAGUUCUACAAGAAGGGCACCAUUGGCAACCAGGUGCCGUGGCACUGACCUUGUACUUAAUCGUUAGAGUUCGAAUAAAUUCCUAAGCUGAAACUAAUAAAUAUUGAAUUAUACU